GUGGCCUAGCGUUCCCCUCCUAGUCCACGGCCGCGCACGAUUUACGGAGAGCACGAUUAUUGAUCGAUGACACAUGGUUUCCGACUGUUUUUCCUGUUAAAUUUACCCUUAAAUCACAAUUUUCCAUAGAAAAUGGGUGGAAUUUUCUCGAAAAAAGAGAAAUCACCAAAAUCGGCGCCGGUUUCCGAUCAGGAUAAUGCGAUUUUGGCGCUCAAAACACAACGGGACAAAAUGAAGCAAAUGAUCAAGCGAAAAGAGAAUUGUUUGGAGAAGGAACGACAAUUGGCAAAGCAGCUUAUAAAGGAUGGCCGGAAAGACCGUGCUUUACUGCUUCUGAAGAAGAAACGCUACCAAGAGAAGAUUAUCGAUCAAACCUUGAACCAUCUUAGCAAAAUCGAGCAAAUGGUAAAUGACCUAGAAUUCGCAGAAGUUCAACAGCGAGUAACCGAUGGCCUUCGACAGGGAAAUGAAGCGCUGAAAAAGAUGAAUCAACUAUUCGAUAUCGAUGAAAUCGACAGGAUUAUGGAAGAAACCAAAGAGGCGGCGGAAUAUCAGGAAGAAAUCUCGAAUAUGCUGUCCGGCCAGCUUUCCAACACGGAUGUCUCGGACGUUGAGAAGGAAUUGGAGGAUCUGUUGGCGGCGGAAUGGGGCACAGUUCAACUUCCAGAGGCUCCGAGCCAUGAGCUGCCUGAAGCAGAGCGGGAACGGCAAAAAGAAAAAGAGAAGCCACGUCGCGAGAAGAUUGCUCUGGAAGCCUAAAUAUUGCUUGUUACUGUGAAUAAAAUAAAUUCAUUAUAUUAUUAU